AUGUCACAGGAGAACUCGGGUGGCAAUGCGCUCAGCGCGGGUUCGCUCUCGCUGUCAAUGGCCAAGUCUCUGCCGAAGGCCGCACAGCUUAAGAACCCGACGGAGGCUAUAGCUCUUGCUGUUCACGCUGGCAUGCGUGCUGUUGGCUUCAGACUCAUUGGACUUGGAGAGGACGAGCGGAUAGAUGCUGAGGACACUGCGUCACUACCGCCGGCCUGGAACGCGUCCUCAUCCUAUGCCUUUCGCUAUGCGCACGCGCAGUCGGCCAUGGAAUACCUUGUCAAAAUAAACAGGCUUGGAGGCAAAGCAGUCGUGUACGCUCUCGCCAUCGGUGACGACAAAACCACACACUUCGACGUCACAACGAAAGAUUACCUCUCCGAGUCGACCCUCCCUCUCACAAUCUCCGAAGACACAUCGACCGAAGACGCGGCAAAGAAGCUACAAGACCUCUUCAUCUCGGCAGGGCGACUGAACGAUCUCGGUGCACUACUCAACAUAUCCAUCAUCCAGAAGCUGGCGCCAGGACUACACAAGCAAGGCUACGAACAGAGCAACACAGAACGUGAGCGCACACCUGCAGCAAACCAGCCAGGCCCACAAAGAGGCGAGCCUCCCAACCCACGGCAACCACCGAAUGAGCCAGAGCCUGCACGUCCCUAUCCCUUCAACGACCCCCUAGUUGCGCGACCACAACCAGGCCGACCCCUGCCUGAGCCCAUACCCGGUUUUGAAGACGAAUAUGAAGUCAACCGACCGGCACGUGGCGGUCUUCGAGAUGACCGGUAUCCUGUCGGCAUAGGACAUGAUGACCUGUACCCGCAAGGCCUUGGGCCCAACGAUCCACUUCGGCCGCAUCUUGGAGGAGGGCUGCCGCGGCCAGGUGGGGGUUUCGGCGGCGGCAUGCACCCUACCUUCGACGAUCCACUAUUCCGCGGUCCAGGUGGUCAGGGCGGCUAUGAUCCUGCGGCGCCCCCAGGUGCACGAUACGACCCUGUAGGACCUGGUGAUCCACUGAGGGACAACCGCGGAGGAGGUCCAAGGUUUCCUGGUGGAGGAGGCUUCGGCGGUCUCGGUGGACGGCCACCGAAUCCCUUUGGUGGCUUCGGAGAUGGGGACUUUAUCUAG